AAGAAAUCGUGAAAGAGCAGAGAAUUCAAUAAAUCAAAGAGCUAUUUCUCAACAAAAAAGAAGAGCACGUGAAAAAGAAGUUGUUACAAUAAAUCAAAUAAGUUCUUCUCAACAAGUUAAAAGUGAAUAUGAAAGAACUGAAAAUAUAGUAAAUAAAAGAUCAAUUUCGCAACAAGAAAGAAGACGAUGUGACAGAGAAGCUAACGAACAAACUCAAAGUGAAAAUGAGCAAACAAAAAGAGCAUGUACUAUAUCUCACAAUGAACUAUUAUUACAAUUUCAAUACAAUAACGUAAGACAUAAUCUUGGACAUAUGAAUGCUGUUUGUGUUCACUGUGGAGCACUUCAUUGGUUAGAAGAACAUUUAGGUCAAGAUGCUCAAUGUAAGGAAUUUCGUGCAAAUAUUCACCAAUAUAAUGCAGCAUAUGCAUUUAUUUCACUUGGAGCUCAUGAAAUUCUUUCUCAAACUCGCAUAGAAGAUCUCUCUGAAAAUGAUUUAGCUGUUUAUCUUUAUUUCGACAAUAUAACUGAUAGACGUCGUUAUAAUCUUCUAACUUCUAACAAAAUAGCUGUUAUUUUACCUGGUGAUGGUUCAACUCCUGAAGCAAUACAUGAUAUUGUACUUCGUUUACAUAGAGAUCCACUUCAACGCAUUCAUGAAGGCCAUCCUGCAUAUUUACCUCUUCAUUACAUACUUUUUUUUCCUUAUGGAGAUCUUGGUUGGCAUGCAAAAAUGCGUCAAACUUUACUUGAUGAUAAUGGACAUCCUGCUGAAAAUCAAAGCAAAGCACCAUGUUUUAUACAAAUGGAUUAUUAUUCUUUUCAUCUUUUUUCUCGCUAUAAUGAGUUUUCAACUAUUCUUCAUGGUAGAAAAUUGCUACAAGAAUUCAUGGUUGAUGCUUGGGCAGCAACAGAACAAAAUCAUCUAAGAUUUUUAUGGUUAAACCAAGAUUCAUUAUGA